UGUAGGGACACUGAGGUUGCUCUAAGGUUCCUGAGAUCUCAGGUCCCUGCACGCCCCGGUUUAACAUCAGCCCUGCCAAGCCGGUGUCUGUGUCUCUUACAGUUUCCAAAAUGACACAGCACACAGAGAAGCUGUUCACAGCCCUGGGGCCAAUCCUGCAGAGCACAAGCAUACGGGUCAGAGAAGCCCUUGCUUAUUUGAUACGCACAAUGGGGGCGCAUGGGCUCUUGGAAAAACCCGAUUCAAGACCCUUAAUUGACUUCUUGGUGCGUCAGUGCACCCUGCCCCUCGACAGCACGGAGGCAGCAGACGGGAGGCACACCAUGGAGCUCGAGGUCCGCCAGCUCUGCUCCAGCACCCUGCAGUCCCUGGGUGAUUCCCCCAGAAUGGCCAAUGUUUUAUGGCCUGGGCUGCUCCUUCAGCUGAGCCCAGCAGCCCAUGGGCCAGCCCUGCCUCUCCUCCUGCAGACCUCGGUCGGGGUGGUAAAGAGGCUGCAGGAGGAAGGCAGGCUGCCCUUGGCCAGGAGGUGCGGCAAGGCGAACAGAGGUGAGGCCUAGUAUUUUAUCCACCCGCUCU